AUGGGAAAUCCACAGGAAGAAGCCACGGCGCUCAAAAACAAGGGCAACGACGCUUUCAAGAACCAGGACUGGCCUGCCGCGCUGGAUUUCUACACCAAGGCCAUUGAAUUGUGGGACAAAGAACCGUCCUUCUACACAAAUCGUGCCCAGGCAAACAUCAAGCUUGAGUCGUAUGGAUAUGCCGUAGCAGACGCCGACAAGGCGAUCGAGCUCGACCCCAACAAUGUCAAGGCUUACUACCGCCGCGCCUCCGCAAACACGUCGAUGCUCAAGCACCGCGAAGCCCUCCGCGACUGGAAGCUUGUCAUCAAGAAGGCUCCCAACGAUGCCAACGCGAAACUGCGCAUGCACGAAUGCGAGAAGAUCAUCAAGCGCGAUGCCUUCCUCAAGGCAAUCGAGGUCGAAGACGCACCCUCAGCCGCAGAGGGACUGGACAUUGAGCACAUGGCGCUCGAGAGAAACUACGACGGUCCCAAGCUCGAGGGCAAGAUGACGCUAGAGUUCAUCGAAGACAUGAUCGAGAGGUUCAAGACUGGCAAGAAGAUUGCGAAGAAGUACGCCUUCCAGAUCAUAUUGGCAGUCAUGGACAUCGUCAAGAACGAGCCGACCAUGGUGGAGCACAAGGUGGAGGAGGGGUGCGAGAUCACCGUCUGCGGAGAUACUCACGGCCAAUACUUUGAUCUGCUGAACAUCUUCAAGCUUGCCGGUAAACCCUCCGAAAAGAACCACUUCCUCUUCAACGGCGACUUCGUCGAUCGAGGAUCCUGGUCGACCGAAAUCGCGCUGCUUCUGUACGCCUACAAGUGGCUGUAUCCCGACAAGUUCUUCCUCAACCGCGGCAACCACGAGACGGACGACAUGAACCGCAUGUACGGGUUCGAGGGCGAGUGCAGGGCGAAAUACAACGAGCGCAUGUUCAAGAUCUUCUCCGAGUCCUUCUCCAUGCUGCCCCUGGCCACACUGAUUGGGGACAAGUACUUUGUUCUCCACGGCGGUCUCUUCUCAGACGACAAGGUCACGCUCGACGACGUACGGAAGCUGAACCGCUUCAAGCAGCGACAGCCUGGCCAGGCCGGCCUCAUGAUGGAGAUGCUCUGGACAGACCCGCAAACCGCGCCCGGACGAGGACCCAGCAAGCGCGGCGUUGGCCUGCAGUUCGGACCAGAUGUCACCAAGCGAUUCUGCGAGAACAACGGUCUCGAGGCCAUUAUCCGGUCGCACGAGGUCCGCAUGGAAGGCUACGAAGUCGAGCACGACGGCCGCUGCAUCACCGUCUUCUCAGCACCCAACUACUGCGAUAGCACGAACAACAAGGGCGCCUUCAUCAAGAUCGGCCCCGAGUACAAGCUGAAGUACACCAAGUUUGACGCGGUGCCGCAUCCGGAUGUCAAGCCCAUGGCGUACGCGUCAAAUGGGUUGAUGUAA